AUGAAGCAAAACAUAUUGUGGGCGCCUAUUAUAGUGAGCAUCCUGUGGAUGACAUGUGUGGCCAAGCCAACUGUGGAAAGCAAUGAGGACGAGAAGGAGAACCUGAUCCCUGAAGAUGCAGAUAUCGAGUUCCUUAAUUCCUAUGCAAAUAAAAUGAAAAGCUAUAUGAACCUUUCGAUCUCUCCGUGCGAUGACUUCUAUGAAUAUGCUUGUGGAAACUGGAAAAAUGUUCAGCCUGAUCGCCGCGGUUUGCAUAUACGAGGCAGUGCCUCGGAUAUAAUUUACACACUAGGCGAUGUCACAGAGAAUUUGCUUACGAAGUCAUCACUAGCCAUCGAUUUGAAUUACGAAAAAGAGAUGCAAAUUGCCCAAAAAUUUUAUAAUGCCUGCCUCAGAGCGGAACUUCAGCCACUACCAGCAACUGACCCCGCUUAUCUGACCCUUAUCAAAUCUAUAGGCGGUUUCCCGGCGGUUGAUGGUCCGGAGUGGCAAGCAGACAAGUUUAAUUGGUUCAACAUGAGUGCUCAUCUUACUAAUUACGGAGCCAAGGGCUUGAUCAAUGAGAGACUCAUGACAGUAGCUCCCUUCGCUCCUAUCUUUCUAAAGCCCGAGCUAGGGUUUGAGUAUAAGGUAUACAGCGAUAAUCUGGUCACCAAUGAGACGGAAGCCUAUAAAGUAAACGAGCAACGCAUGCGUGUGUAUUUGCAGUCAUUUGGAUUGGCUGAGGAGAAAAUAAGUGAAGUAAUUGCCGGUGUAUUUGCAUUCUGGCAUGAUGUCCUCAAUCUUAACGAUCGUUUUCCUGAGGACCUUACGGAGUGCACCCAAAAGUCAUACCUGAGAAAAUAUACCCAGUUUAAACAUUGGAGCAACUAUUUCGAGAUUGCCUGGAACGGGGAAAACUUUACGCUUGAUAAACCUUUCGCAUGUGAUCCUUAUUAUUACGAACUGGACAAACUGUGCAUCAAACAUGGGCCUUCUGUGGCCAAUUAUUUGGUGAUGAAGUUAUUGUACACUAUGGAUGCUGAUUUCAAAGAGGUUAAAUAUCAGAGGGAUUAUUGCAAAGGAAGCAUCCUCGCUUCGAUGCCCCAUUUGUUGGGAAAACUAUAUUUUCUGGAAUACUCAAUUGAAGACACCAGCAAGGAGAUCCAGAGUAUUUAUAACGAACUUCGAAAGAGUUUCCGUGUGGCUAUAGAGAAUGCAGACUUUCUGGAUACACGGACUCGCAAAGAGGCUUUAAAAAAGGAGUCCUUAAUUAAGUCAAACAUCGGUUGCCAACAGGAUGACGCAUUCACUCAUCUCUUAAUCAGAGAGAUGCGUAACCUUAGUUUUGUUGAUGGUUCUUAUGCGCAGAAUCAGAUAAAUCUGAAACGAUUCAAAGUCUACAUAGAUCGUUUCAAUGGACAUCACAACGAGGAACUCCCAGAGGAAACGGUACCUUCAGAGGCAUUAAUAUGUAUGCAAUCAGAUGCGUUUUAUUACUUUGGGGACAACUCAAUUAAUGUGUUGUCCGGAUCAUUUCAUCCUCCUUUCUUCCAUAAAUAUUGGCCGUAUUCCCUUAAAUUUGGAGCUAUGGGAUAUGUAAUUGGUCAUGAACUAAACCAUGGUUUUGAUACAGUUGGCUCCAUGUUCGAUAGCGAGGCUGAAGUUCGUGAGUGGUGGUCUAACGAAUCCGGCAUAGCGUAUAAGGACCGUACCGAGUGCUUUGUAAACCACUUUAAUAAUUAUCUGAUCCCAGAGAUUAAUCGUACAAUCAAUGGCGAAAAAACCAAAAACGAGAAUAUAGCGGACAACGGUGGUUUACGACAAUCACUGAGUGCUUAUCGCAACUUUAUCAAAAAUAAGAUUAACAUGCCCAAGAGUGAACAGAUGCCCGGCAUGGAUCACUCGCCGGAGCAGUUGUUCUUCCUGGGAUUCGCUCAAUUUUUUUGUUCCGCUUAUAAGAUGACGGACUACUGGAACGAGUUAUCAGAUGAGCAUCCCACAAACAAAUUUCGAGUCAUUGGUGCUCUUAGAAAUAACGGGGACUUUUCCACGGCUUACAAUUGUCCACUUGGCAGUCCCAUGAAUCCAAAAACGGAAAAGUGUCACAUUUGGUAG